AAUGUCUGAUGUCAUUUCCGACGAGGAAACGUGAUUCGCGGAGCGGUCAAAGAGUCACCUGAGUCGUUUGGACGGUACCGAAGCUCUGCGGCGAGAUGGCGGGGUCGAUGGCAGCGGCGGGUCUGGUCCUGGCAGCGGUCGGGUUCGCCGGUCGACUCGCGGUUCAAGCCGUGAAGCAAAUGGACCCGCAAGUCAAACAAGUUCUGCAGAGCUUCCCAAAGACGGCGUUUGGCGGCUCCAGUUACUAUCGCGGAGGAUUUGAACCAAAGAUGACGAAAAGGGAAGCGGCACUGGUUCUGGGUGUUAGUCCGACUGCCAACAGGAACAAGAUCAGAGAAGCACACAGGAAGUUGAUGAUCCUGAACCAUCCUGACCGAGGUGGCUCGCCGUACCUUGCUGCCAAGAUCAAUGAGGCUAAAGAUCUGAUUGAAGGACAGGCGAAGAAGUAACUGUCAUCCCUAGGAUCAUCGGACCAUAACUGCACACGUCAUCUCCGUCUGCAGCGCCACCAGUCACACGACCGGCCAUUGUUUUGCUUCGAACUCUAAUAUUGAAUAAAGGGACUUUCACUUUUGACCUCCUGUGUAAACUCC